GCACACAAGCGUUAGCAAGUAGCCGGUUUUAGUCAGCUACUAACUAUUGUUAAUUAUUUACUUGGUUUAUCAUAUUUAUAGUAUUUUGAGGGAAAUACUGUGUAGAAUAUUUGUCUUAAAAAGGAUCAGUUUAUCCUCAUGGUCUAAAACAGAAGCGAGUAUUCUUCACUAACGUUUGAACGCGUUGUAUACAAACAUGGAUGACAGUAAAGGAUCAGUAGACCCAUCUCUUGUGUCAGAAGAUGGAAAAAAUGUGAAAGCGGUGUUGUGCCAACGAUGUGGUUCAAAGGUGCUUUGUCCUGGCAUGGCAGUGUUUGCAGAAAAAGAGCUGUUUCUGCCUUCGAUGAGAAAGAAAACCUCCAUAGGUCAGUCUGAUGGAACGCUGGAUGGGGACACAUUAACUGCCCACUGGCUGGUUGAUGACAUGUACACAUUUGAAAAUGUGGGCUUCACUAAAGAUGUUGGCAAAGUGAAGUACCUUAUUUGUGCGGAUUGUGAGAUUGGACCCAUUGGCUGGCAUUGCCUGGAUGACAAGAAGAGCUUCUAUGUGGCAUUGGACAGGGUAAACCAUGAAUAAAGGCCAUAUUUGAGUCUAGAAAAAUGAAACAGUAUUUGACAAUGUAACUCAAGGCUCUCAUACUAAAAAAAGUCUUUAAGUUCUGUAUUUUAUUUUCUUGCAGAGUUUGGAUUAAUUCUAGGGUAGUGUUUCUGUAUGGACUGUUUAUAUUUUUACUGUAAAAUUUUCAUAUUCACCGUACUAAUAAUUCUGACAAAGACAGACAACACUUUUGAACAUUCCUUAACACAUGGCCUUUUCCAUCUUUCUUAUCUCUCUGCUUUUCAUAACACAUCAACCCACUAUUGAGUAUGAAGAGGUUGGGGAGAAAGACAGUGCUUGUAAAGUAACAAAAUUUGCAUUUGACCAUUUGAAAGACUUGCGAUAUUAAACUGAGGUAAAAUAAAAUAUAACUCCAAUCUUU